AUGGAUCGGCAAGGUGUCGGUUCCGGGCCACAGUCCGGCCACAGCCUGUAUGAGGACUUGAAGGACCUGCAGAUUGGCCAAACCGGCAAACACCCGUGCGAUCCUGGCGAUGAGCAGCCGGAAAUGGCGGCUUCACAGCUUGAGUCGAGAGGGAACACAAAUGUCGAGCCAUUUACUGAAGCUUUACUGCUGUCGGGCUCGUUGAUUCCCCCCACCAUCCAUCUCAACAAGAUCUUUUUGAAUGACCUCGUCUUUGAAUCUCACAAUGCUGGAUCCUAUCUUCUUGUGAGAACCAUCACCUCGCCUACCAUCUCCGCCCUGGUUUCCGUCAUCAUCGAGGAUGAACGAGGCAACCAGAUUUCUAUUAUGCUUUCUCAACUCCCUCCCUCCCGGCUUCUGGGGGAUGGCCUAGAGAGAGGCACCAUCUUGAUCGUGAAAGAACCUUACCUGAAAUGGACGGGCAAGGGACAAUGCGGGAUCCGAGUCAACCACCCUUCCGAUGCCAAGUAUCUUUCACCUUAUGACGAACUGAUCCCGGAGGAGUGGAGAGAGGAGAAGAUAGAAAGCCCAACAUUGAACACCUGGGAAGUGAAAGGGGACUGUCAUUUCGAGGAGGACAAAUUUCAUCUGGCCAUCGAAUGGUACAUUGAAUACUCCACUGAUCCAGAAGCAAAGAUUGCUAACAGCCACAGCUACGCAAAAGCUCUCGAAUUCCCCGAGAAGGAAGAAACCCAUACAAUCAAUUUGAAAUUGUCACGGUGCCUGUCAUACUGGAAACUUGGCUGUUUCGAAGCCAUCCUCUCGGAGUUUGGCUCGUUGUCAAGUGACGCUGAACUCUUCGAGGAUGCUAUCCUUUGCAAAGCGAUGGCACUCUACAACCUGGAAAAAUACCGGGAAUGCACUGAUGUUAUCAAGCUAUGCCUGAAACAGUACCCCCAAAGCUCCAGUGCCAAAAUUUGCCUCUCUCUGUCUAUCUCUCGACUGCUAGAAAAGGAAAAGGGGAAGUACAAGUUCAAGGAGAUGCAAGAGGAUUGCAAGAAGCAAGAAGUCCCAAUAAUGGAGUGCGCGACAUAUAUCGGACCGGUGGAAAUCAAACAAACGGAAUCCCGAGGGCGUGGGGUAUUCACAACGAAGACCGUAAAGGCCGGUGAUUUGCUCUUUUGCGAAAAUGCAUUUUCCUAUGCAGUCUUCACCCCACCAAAGACGGACCGAAAAAAUGACGUGGAAUUUGAACAGUUCAUCUACCGAACGCAGCAGCGUGAACUUGCCAAGCUGGCAACUGACAGAAUCUUCAAGGUCCCAUCUCUUCUGUCAAAGCUCAGUGAUCUUCAUCACGGCUCAUACACACCCUUUGAAGCCUCAUUUGUUGAUGGAGCACUUGUUUUUGACAUGUUUCUCAUAUACCGAAUCGUGGCCUUCAAUUCUUUCGGCAGCCUCAGAUCCUCCCGCGAUCCCCACCUGAAAGCCCCAACAAACGACCGCAUUAGAUUAGCCGGUGUAUGGCCCUUUGCGUCCCACGUGAACCAUGCUUGCUACGGAAAUUCCUUCCGGAGUUUCAUCGGUAACAUGCUCAUAGUCCGCGCCGCAGCGGACAUCCCGGAAGGCACCGAGAUCACUUUCUGCUACAAGCCUCCCGAAGGCGACUGCAUCAAGGGCAAGCCCGACCACUCUUUUUGGGGCUUCAAAUGCGACUGCGCAAUCUGCAAGAGCAUCGAAAGAACAGAUGACGAUGUUCUUGCAAGGAGGCUGCAACUCAUAAGAGUUGUCGACAAUUACUGCAAAAGUCUACAGAGACCCAACGUCGACCGCUUGAACGACGUUCUGGCCAAGAUAGAGCGCACAUACUCCGAACCAGCUUCUGCAGUGCCCCGUCUCAGCAUGUGGAAUAUGUACUUCGCCAUCGCCAAGGCGUAUGCACGCUGGGGAUGGUCCAUACAUGUCGUGGAGUAUGUACUCAAGACACUCGGCUCGCUGGGCUUCCUUUUCACAGGGGGAGGCCUGAAAGGAUCCUCACACGCUGAAAUGGUUGUCGAGAAGUGGGGUCUUGUCGUCCCGGGCAUGGUGGACAUUUGGAUGACGCUUUCGCAAGCGUAUCAUCUAGUGGAGCCCAAAUUCGAAGCGGGGGCUAGAAAAUAUGCCAAGCUGAGUUACAAGAUCCUUGUUGGUGAAGACGAAACCUUCGAAGAGACCUACGGAAAGCCUUCGUCGACCUCAUUCGGUCCAACUUUCGCCGGCUUGGUCGCGGAGCUUACAGAGAUGGGAGUGCCCAUUGACGUCAAUGACAUUCGGCGACGGGUACAGCGAAGUGCAUGA